AUUGAGUAUCCUAUGCCCCAACCCGCCGCUGGACAGUGACUACCUUCCUUUUUCAGGUCGACACCAGUGCACUAUCAAAUCUACACUCGCACUAGGUUUUGUUGGAAACAUCCCACAACAACAACGACAUGAACGACGAACCAGAGAUUGUUGUUGACUUUGCGGCGGCUGAGGAAGUCGCACCAUUGACAGAGGAGAUCCAAAACCAUGCGGAUCCGAUGGGCUCGGGGUUUCUCUGGUACACACCGCCUUUGGCGAGCACCAAGGAGCAUCGUACGGGUGGGCAUGAGUGGAUGAUAUCGGGACACGAUAUGCAGGUGUUGACCACAACCGUCCCCCCUGGCGAACAAGUCGUGACGGAAAUAGGAUCCUUCAUGUACGGAUCGGUCGACAUGAAGACUAGCGUCGAAUUGACACUAUGCAGUCGGGUUGGUUUUGCCGGAGGGUUGUCGCGGAUCUUGGGAGGCGAAUCUUGUGUCAAAGUAAUGCUCACCAACGCAUCGAACGAAGAAGGUUACGUGGGUAUUACACCCAACUUUCCAGCCAAGAUUGUUCCCAUCAAGUUUGGACAUCACAUCAGCCCCGAUCACGCUUUGAUUUCUCAAGGCGGUGCUUAUAUGAGUCAUCUCGGAGACGUAAACGUCGGCUGCGAUUUGGAUGCCAGUCUCCGUACGUGUUGCUGCGCUGGCUUUGGCUGCUUUCGACAAAAGAUUACGGGUAGCGAUGAGAGUAUCGCCUUUCUCGCAGCGGGUGGUACCCUGAUUUAUCGGUAUUUGUCAGAAAACGAAACCAUCACGGUGGAUAGUCGCUCCGUUGUGGCUAUGGAAGAGACCGUCACCUUGGGAAUCGCUCCCAAUGGUCGGAUCUGCAUGUGUUGUUUGGGAGGGGAAGGGUGUUUUUCCACCACCCUCACUGGACCCGGAAAAGUCUUUAUGCAGAGUAUGAACUUUCAAAAAUUCCGAGACGCUGUCCAAACAACAGUCAUUGACGAUCGGGGCGACGGGAGUGAGAGUGCUUUUAACUAAAGUUCCGUAUGGCGGUGAAGCAUUCAUUAAUACGUCUCGUGGAAAUACUUAAGUAAUAGCAGAAAAAGUUUGUUUU